CGAAAGAAUGUACCUAUUGUAACACUUCAUGGACUGGACAGGUACAGACAAGGGCCGCCGUUAAUGUUUUAACAAUACCAACCGGACCGGGCUUGAGGGUGUCUCUGAUGUGGUCGUGGGGUGAUGGGCCUGUCAAAGCGAGUGUCGUCGUGGACGGUGGAGGAAGUGUUGGAGUGGGUGCAGGAGCAGUAUCCAACCCAGAUGGGCACCCUCCAGAAAGCCAUCAUUAAACACGCCAUAUCAGGCCGUGCAUUGCUGAGAUUAAAGGAUCAUCACCUGGAGCUUCUCGGGGUGGAAGCUGAGGAGCAGCAGCAGGAAAUCUUGCAGGACCUCCUCCUCCUCAGAGUUCAGGAGGAAAUCAAUGAACUCAGUGACAUCUGCUCUGACUGUUUUGCUCCAUAGCAGAGAAUAAAUCUCCAGAGGAAUUGAAGCUUACUUUUUUUUUUUUAUUUAUUAUUUCCCUUCCAUCCAUUCAUCUGUUUGAAGGAGAGAGAAAUGUGGGAGUGACAGAAAACACGGAGAGAAGGUGAAGAGAAAGAAGAAUCGAUGAGGAAUGACGAGAAAGAAACCUAUUUCCUGUAUGAAAUCUGAUCUGCGCGGACGGAUGAGAUUAGUUUCUGUCUGUCUUUUUCUGAGCCUCACUGUCCAUUAGUCUCUGUCUUUUUUCUCUCUAUAGUGGGUUUUUAUUCCAAUGUAGUAUUAUAAAAUAUUGUAUUUGAUGCACUGAAUAUUGAGAGUCCAUUAGUCCCCUUAUAGUUGUUAACUACUCAGAAUAACAGCUUCUAUUGCAUUGCCGACAACAGAUAAUGCUGUGAUCACAUUUUUUUCAUGCCAAUCUCAAAAUAUCAGGAGAAUUAGUGGUCAGUUAUGUAACCUAUGACACCUACUAGUUAAACAAGGUCAAACCUAAAUCAGACACUUCUACUAAACUGUGGAAGGGAUAAUUAGUUAAAUGAAAUCAAAACAAGGUCUGAAAAUAACCAGAAAAGGUUUGUAGAAGUAGUAGGUUGUGACCUCACAUGUAUCCUGAGUGAUAGUUCCUCUCCUGCAGCAGUAAUUUAACUCUCAGGAAAACAGGGGGGAUUACAGGAAGACGCAGAAAGACAAAGGGAAAGUGGUGAGUUUUCCCCUUUAAACAUUUCAGUGUGUCAAGAUAAGAAAAGCUGAAUCCAAACAGUAACUUUCUGCUACUGUCUGUCUGCUCUUCGCUCACACAAUCCAAGCUGCUGGUUUAAAUCUGCUGUUUUUAUUUGUCUCUGUAUUUUUGACUGAUGAGCCACAAACAAUGUGUUAUUUUUUGUGACGUGAAUACUUAACAGAGCUGCAGAAAAUCCA